GACGGAUCUCUCCUCUUUACCCUACAAACAUUGGCCUCUUAUUUCCUCUCUGUCUGCGGCUCGGCUGCUGCUGCACCAGUGCGAUGUUCGCUCUGCAACAAUAACUAACCCGCUCCCCUCGUUUCUGUUCCCUUUCUUGGGGAUACCGCUUGACAGACUUUCUUUUUAUAUUCUUUAAUUUGCCAUUUAUUUUUCUUACCAACGCGGGCGAUUUACUAUUCAACAUGCCGAACAUCGUGCUUUUUAGCGGGAGCUCCCACCACGACCUGUCCCAGAAAGUGGCCGAUCGCUUGGGUUUGGAGCUCGGGAAAGUGAUCACCAAGAAGUUUAGCAACCAGGAGACAUGUGUGGAAAUUGGGGAGAGCGUCCGUGGCGAAGACGUCUACAUCGUGCAGAGCGGCUGCGGUGAGAUCAACGACAACCUGAUGGAGCUGCUGAUCAUGAUCAACGCCUGCAAGAUUGCGUCCUCGUCCCGCGUCACUGCGGUCAUACCUUGCUUCCCCUACGCCAGGCAGGACAAGAAAGACAAGGUAAGUCGAGCUCCGAUAUCAGCCAAACUGGUGGCCAACAUGCUGUCAGUGGCGGGAGCUGAUCACAUCAUCACCAUGGACCUGCACGCCUCACAGAUACAGGGCUUUUUCGACAUCGCUGUGGACAACCUGUACGCAGAGCCUGCAGUCCUGCAGUGGAUCAGAGAAAACAUUCCAGAGUGGAAGAACUGCAUCAUUGUGUCUCCAGACGCAGGUGGAGCCAAACGUGUGACGUCCAUUGCUGACCGUCUCAAUGUGGACUUCGCCCUCAUCCACAAAGAGAGGAAGAAGGCCAACGAGGUGGACCGCAUGGUGCUGGUGGGCGACGUCAAGGACCGUGUAGCCAUCCUUGUGGACGACAUGGCCGACACCUGCGGCACUAUCUGCCACGCUGCAGACAAGCUCAUUGACGCCGGAGCGGUCAAGGUCUACGCCAUUCUCACUCAUGGAAUCUUCUCCGGCCCUGCCAUCUCCCGCAUUAAUAACGCUCCCUUUGAAGCCGUGGUGGUGACCAACACCAUCCCACAGGAGGAAAAGAUGAAGGCAUGCCCAAAAAUACAGGUCAUCGAUAUCUCUAUGAUCCUGGCGGAGGCCAUCAGAAGAACCCACAAUGGCGAGUCAGUUUCCUACCUCUUCAGCCACGUACCGUUGUAAGGACCAAGUGUGUGGACCAUUUCAGCUUUCUCUCUGUGUGUCAGCUACUAUGGCCUUCAGGAGGUGACUAUUAAAAGUCUCUCCAACAAAUCUCUGCUCUGGACAUUUAUAAAAUGUCACUUCCUCUUCUGAAGACCAGCUUUUGUAUUUAUGUUCAUCUAUUUGCCUCGUUUUGUUUCUUAUUUUUUCCUUUCCAUUACAGCAGGGGGGCCUCGUCUUCACUGUAACCAAAGGGCAUGUCAUGUAUUAACAUGUUUGUGUUAUUUGAACCCGUUUUUCAAAGUAUCAAGCAUUCCACUGGGAGAUGUGGUUUGAAUUUUCUUGGCUACUUCUGUUUGGGGAAAGUAAUAAGAAUGACUUAAAAAUGUUAGAAAAAAUAGAACUCUGCUGAAAGGGUUAAAAUAAUAGGUGAAAACUAACAACAAGCCCUAAAACCUUUUGACCUUGAUUGUAACGUUUGUUGACACACAACUGCACCACAAGUCAAAUCAUCUGCUUUGUUUUAAUGAAUGAAUGGUCUGUUAUCUUUUGCUUUGAUCUGCUGCCACCUUUUGGUGGUAAAUCUGUAUGGCACCCUUACUCUUUAUGUCUACUCAACUAUUCCUAAACCUAUUGACUCUCUAGAUGGUCUCUUGGUAAUGGAUGUGAGGUUUUCUGGUGCUUUGUUCACCUUUAAAAAAAGGUCAUAAAAUAAUUGAGCCUAAAUGUUAAGAUUGUCACAAUCAUUUAAAUAUAAAUUCUGUCAUUGUUGGUCACAUUUGUUCUGGAAGCAGAGUGAAGAAAUCACUGGUAAGAAAGCAUGACUUUUUUUAAUAUGUAAUGCUACAAACUUUUUCUUUGACAAUAAAGCUUUGACAAUAAGA